AUAUAUAAUGAAAAUAUAUCAGUAAUUUAGUAAAACUAAAUGAAGAUAAUCAAGUGGAAAAAGAUUUAUAAUAUCAACAUUUUGUAUUAGAACAAGACAAGAAAUAGUAGGAGAGACAUGACCAUGACGUACUUAGAACACCGGUGUUCUAAGUACUUCAUAACUAAAUAAUCAUCAUAACUUCGUUUGAUACUUUCAUUAUCUCAAUAACACACUUGGUACAAGAAGAAAAUCCUGAGUGACCUUUAACUCAAAGUGCAAAAGACUUAGCCGGAGCGUUACAACAAAUUGCUUCAAUAUGAAUUUUUAUUACUUUGUUAUAAACCACAACACCAUUCUCAGUAUUGUUGCAAUAAUAAUUAUUUAUUGUAAUGAAACACACGGUAUUUCUAUUUUUACGAUACAAUCUAGUCAAGCAUUACAUUUUCUUAAAGGAGAGCCUGUAUUUAACAUGCGAAAUGAAGUGGUUUCGUUUGGGAACUUAAUCGAAGAAGUAUCGAAAUUGAAUGAUUAUAAUUAUUGGUCUUACGCUUCAAACCAAGGCCUUAAGUUCGCUGUACAAUUCCGAGUAACUAAAUACAUUCUUACAUUGUCCGUUUACUGUUUAGAAGCAUUGAAAUUUAAUCGACCAGAUGUUUUUUCUGAGGAAAAAGCUUAUAAUGUGUUUAUUACAGCCAAUUCCAUUAUUUUUCAAGGUUUGGGAGUUAAUGCAUAUUCCCUAAUAAGUGACGUUUAUGAUGAACAUAUUCGAAUAUUGAGGUUACCUCAAAUUGAUAUUCUAUUAAAGUUAGAAGAAAUUAUUGCUUACUAUACAAAUAUAAUUAAAAAAAAUAUAAAAAUUAGAUGCAAUGAAGUUCUUCUUCAAUUUGCAGCACUAAGUAUUUCUAACGUUAAACCACAAUUCAAAGAUGUAUAUGAAUCAAUUCUAGAGUUAAUCAAACCUCACAAAGUAUCAUUAAAUAUUGGUUACGCAUUUAGUAACAAUGAUAAAAUAGAAUUAGUCGAAGUUACUUCAAUUCUAUAUGAAAUACAAUGCCUAAUGAAAAGUGAAUACAGUGCAUACAAUGCAUAAUUUAAAAUAUAAGGCUAAAUGCAUUGUUUCUUUAUAAAAAAAUUUACCUCUUAACAGUAAUUUAAUAUUUUUCAUUUAAAUGAGCUAUAUACGAAUUUUUGUUAAAUAAAUUGUUUAACUUCGAGCUUAUAAUUUUAAUGUUGAUUUUUAAUAAAUUAAAAUUUUUGAUUGAAUGUAGCAAAAUUAAAUGAUAACUUGUAAUCUAUUAUGAUAAUUUUAAAUAAAUUUAAUAAGAAAUUUGUCUAAUUUAUUUAUAUCGGAGAGCUAUUUUUGUUUAAACUUAAUAUUUUUAUUUAAUAGUUUUAGUAAAAAAAUGUGGGAUAUAAAGCUAUACUAAGUAUGACGAAUUGGUCUCACUACAUCACCUACUGGCAAAAGUAACAAAAUCCGAAAAAAAUCAAUUUUACAAGAGAGAUAAAAUAAAAUUGAAACACCUAUACUAUUUAUUUAUAAAUUAAACUAUUCAUAAGACUUUUUUAUAGCUAAAAUUAUAGCUAAAAUAAUAAAACUUUCUUGGC